AUGACUAACUGCUGGGCUUACCUAAACAAACUAAUACACUGGAGGAAGUUCCCCAGGAUUCUGCAGACCACAACUUACAUGGGUGCCAACCAAUUCAAAAUCAUCAAGGUGAGAUGGGAGAGACCUCCUUAUCCUUUCAUUAAAAUAAACACUGAUGGAAGCUACACAAACAAGAGAGCAGGCAUUGGGGGAAUUUUCAGAGAUCAUAAAGGGAAAACUUUGCUGUUUCACAAGGCCCCUUAUAUUGCUGAUGAUGCUCUGGAAACUGAAGCUACUGCACUUUUCUGGGCUUUAAAUUUUGCCAAAAAGAACAAUUGGCAGUGGAUUCUUGCUGAAGUGGACUGCUCCCUGCUGGUGGAGUUACUAAAUUCUAAGAUGUCCUCCUCUUGGAAUAUUAACCAAUGGAUUCAUAGAAUCAACAAGCUUAGUACUGAAAGUAAAAUUCAUUUCUCUUUUGUGUUUAGGGAAGCUAAUAGACCUGCUAUUUAUCUAGCUAUAGAAGGAGCUCAUGCUGAUCAUCCUGAAGUGUCCACAACUCUCUCCCCCUCCCUACAGCUACUAACUCAAGGGGACAAGCUUCAAAUCCCUUAUCUUAGAGUGCAAAGAUGA